AUGGCGAAGAGUGGCAGCCUAAAGAGGAGGUUUCAGGAUGCAGAUGGAACUCAGAUCGAGCUGAGCGGCAAGGAGCUGGAACAUACAGGAUCCAAAGAAGGCGAUGCGCAGAAGCAGACAGAUGAGUUUGCAAAGGCCAUCGCGCAGGAGCACAUGCAUGAGGUGCCGGACAGCCACAAGCCUUUUGUGGGCGCUCAGCCCAAGCUGCUGAAGAUGCCAAGAAUAGCUGACGGUGAUGAAAGCUAUCGGGCAACUCGAGUUGCCUGCCAAGCAAUCACGGCGGCCAUCAAAGGAGCCGACGGAGUCGUGGCAGUCUUCGCGCAGGAUGCGUCCGUGUCGGGCGACUGCAAGAGCCUCUUGGAGCACUGCUCCGAUUCCAAGGACAUCAUCGAGAAGGCCAAGGUCCAUGUCGCCCCUGCGACCGACUGGCAGCAUACCAUCCCAAACACGCAGAGCAAGUUCGGGGCCGUUCCUCGGGCUGCCGAGGGCGACCGCUUGCUCAUCUACGUAGGAACGCCGGGGAAGUAUGCGACCAUGUGCCUGCGGUCAGAUCACGGCCAGUUCGAUGCGGCCUACCAGGCAGAUCGCCUCAUCGUUCUCUGCAAAGGAGUUUGCAUGCUUCCAAUCGGCACGCAAGAGCAGAACAUCCUCGGUGUUGACGAGAAAGAGGUCCUGAAGGCGAUCUGCCACGCACUCAAAGAGCGAGGACCAGUUGGUUGGGGACUGGGAGACCACACAAAGACGACGUUUUUGCAGAAGGCAUAUGGGUAUCCACAGGCGUUGCCGGCACCUACGAAGCUGACAUUCGGAAAAGAGCGGGUUGGAGGGUUCAAGUGUUUGGCAGACUACGUGAAGUUCACCAACAGCGUCAAGCUGGCGAAUCCUGAGACGAUCGUGAAGAAUUACUACGAUACAGGUUUAACAGUGUCUGUGCUGCAGGCCACUAUCGUUUCAGAGGGUACCUCGCUUCUCACAGAUGCUGAUGGAUUGGCCAUGCUUCGGGAUGCCAGCAUCGGGCACAUCAUGUCGAAGCUGAACCAGGUCAUCACUGUGGAGGAGCUCGCAAAGAAGAAGAGCGUCUACAACUUCUACAUUGGAGACGGAGCCUGCCGUUUGAACGGAGGGACCGAGUUGACUCUGCACUUGAUGGAAGGAAAGUCUGCCAACUCCUUGACCAACGUUUUCCUUUUCAACAACAAGGCCUGGGCCAUUGAAGACAAUCUGGUGGCCACAAAGGAGCAAGAGCAUGUGCUCUACAAUACCCAGUUCUACGACGUCAUCGCAGAGCACCAGAAAAUCUGUAUCUGCGAGACUGAGCAGGAUUUGAGGGAGAUCCUCAUCUACCUCAGCGACAAGACACUUAAGUUCCUCGCCGGCGAAGCGAAGCCAGGCAUGCACAUGGUUGUGGUCCGCGGCCUGAAGAUGAACCUUCCUCCAGUCCUUGGAGACAUCGAACCCAUCAAGAAGUCAAAGGAGAUGCAGUUCAUGCGGGAUGUCCUCGGAACUUUUGCAAAGGGCUGCGAGAGCCGCGUGCCCCUGUACGGUUGCUCUGCGUUCGAAUACAUCCAGUAUCUGCACAUCUUCCUGGAGCAAAUGCCGGAAGGUAAGCACUACCAGUACAUCUGCGGCCGAACGGACAUCCAGGCAGCACACAUGAUGGGUUUCCAUCAGCCCGAAGGGAAGUGCGUUCUCUUCAUCAACGACGUCUAUGGCGUGAACUCCUUGGGGGAGAGCCUGCGCUUCGUGCUGAGUGGCUUCGGCGGCCGGCAAGUGCUCGUGGUGGUCUGGCAUCCUUCGGUCCUGAAGGUGAUUGACAACUUCCACUUGCAUCGGCCUCCCAUGGUCUGGCCCUCCCUGGGCCCUCAGCUGGCAAGGUACUACGUUCGGAAGGAAUCGGAUGCCUUUUUUGCGGACUUCGAGGGCGAAUCUCGAUCGACGGAGCGAGUGAAGAAAGCCAUCGAAGCCCAAACGCCCCUGGUGAUGGUCAACGUCAUGCCUCAACAGGAGUGCAACUAUGUACAGCUGGACGCGCGCAUCAAG